UGCCGCGCACGGAGAAGACCGUGCGGAAUAAAGUCAAAACUCCGGUCGUUUUGUGUGCAUACAGCGAAGAACGACAAAACUUAAUCGGAGAAGUUCUCAUUAUGGACCUACGUUCACUAGCACUCGCGUUUAGCUAAGGAGUUUUUAACCGUUGUUCCACAUUUCAGUACCGAUUGUUAUAAAUGCAAUGGCGAAGAAAAAGGAGCUAUAAGUGCAGGACGUUAAACGACAGAGGAAUUAGUAUUUUGUCAGGCUAAUAACGUUAGUGUGGCGACACUACGCUAACCUUAGCUGUUGUAACGGAUCCCCCCAGCGAGGACAUAUCACAAAUUCGGCCUACAGUACAGUGUUUUUAGUGUCUUCGGUGUUCCGCGCCAUCGGCUUGCUGCUGCUAAAGUUGCCCGGCGGAACGGUGCAGCCACGCCGGUGGAAGGCGCAGCGCGACGGCCGCUACUCUCCGGCUAGCUCGGCUGCUGCUUCUGGUUCUUGGAUCGAGGCCUUGUCGGUGAGGCGACAAUGCUUGACAUAAUGUCUGAGCACCAAGAUUCACUGUUAACGUGCAAAACUGAACCUCUGCCCACAGAGAGGAAAAAGAGGACUGUUGAGGACUUCAACAAGUUCUGCAGCUUUGUCCUGGCCUAUGCUGGCUACAUCCCCAGUCCAAAAGAGGAAAGUUCGUGGUCCCCAACAUCAUCCAGCUCUGCACACAGUUCAGGGUUGUCGGCAGAUGUUGGUGGUGGAGGUAGCAGCUCCACGGGCAAUACUUGGGCAGAUGGAAGCUCCGACAUUCACACCAUCCAUACGUUUGUCCGUAAAGCUCGAGCAAAUAAGGGCAAAACUAUUCGCCGCAUGCACUCUGAUAGCAGUUUGCUGGACAAGAUGCGCCUUAAAGACUCCCUGUAUGACAGCCAGGCCAGCUCUAAGGCAGAGCGCAAGAAAGACAAAAAACUGAAAAAGUUGUCACUGGGUUCUGCCAUGACGGCGGCAGAUAGUGGCAGCAGUGAAGGCGAGAAAAGAGCCCGGAUUAAGCGCAGCAAAAACUCAAAACCGCCCAAAGCUAAGAAGCUCAAAAGUUCGACUGCUCAAAGCGAGACAGACUCUGAGGCACGGCAUACACAUACAGAGGUACGACCCCUCAGAGAGGAGCUGGCGGCGCAUGGGGGCUCCACCCCAAGCACGCAGGACCUGGAGAAGAUGCAGCCAGACGACUCCAUCAGGGAAGCGGAGAUGAGCUCCAGUGAGGGGGAGACCUGGAUCGCCGAUGAAGACAUUAUGGUGGAGUCGGGGGAUGACUCGUGGGACUUGAUCACCUGUUACUGCGGGAAGCCAUUUGCAGGGCGGCCAAUGAUCGAGUGCAACCAGUGCGGCAUAUGGGUGCACUUGUCGUGUGCGAAGAUCAAGAAGUCUAACGUUCCCGACAUCUUUUACUGCCACAAGUGCAGGGACGUGCGGCGGUCAGGACACAAAAAAGACCCCUAGAGAGGAUGGGAGGGGACGAGCAGCACCCACCCUGUUUUGCUGUCCUCUUGACACUUGUUUUCUUUGAUGCCUACAGCCAAAACAGCCUGAAUUAUCACCUGGAUGGCAACUGUAUUGUCACUUUUGUAGGAUUUCUUUUGACAAUCACAACCAUUCUUAUUUAUCCCUCACUUUUUUUUUGUUCUUUCUUACUUUUUGUUUUGUCUUUGGCUACUGUGAAGAACUGGACAGAAGUGACAGUGGAGAAUCAUUUAUUUGUUACUAAUUAAUUCCUUCAUUAAUUGGCUUUAUUGUUGUAUACUGUGCUGGUGAUGUGCACACAUAUUUUCACGUGUACUCAUAUUAACUGGGAAGACAUUUUGACAUAAAUGAUUUCUUGAGGAUAUCAACAAAUGAGUGAAAAAUUUCCAUUAGUUUUACACAUUCAUAACAUUUAUAGCUGAAGGGAUGCAAAAUGUCACUCCUGUUAUUUGUUUAGAAGUGUGUCAUAAUGCUAGGUGGGCAGCUCGUAUUAGUUCUGAUCAUAUUUUGGCGAGUCGUUUCUGAGUUUGCAUUUUAGUUUUGGGUUGUCAGUGAUGAUCACUGAACUUUAAAAUGUAGAGCUCUCACUCCUACUAGAAUAAGUGAUCUUUGAAUUCAUACAAUCUGAGAACAUUUACUGUUUUGCAUCUAAAUUUCUACAUUUCAAAUUGCACACAGACAAUUCCUUUGCCAGUGCACUUUUUAAAAUAUAGAUCCAAAUACCAUUUCAGCUGCAUAUAUGGGUGGUAUCUGGAAUACGAGGAGCUCCGGCUAAUUAAAUCUGUACUUGGCAUGUAGCUGCGUACGUUCAUGAAUGAGCGCUUAAUGUUUCUCCCUGUCUGGCUUGCUAAUCAAUCAUUGAUAGCCAUUUACCAUGAACAACAUUUACAUUGAAAGCUGUUAAAUUUUUAUGUUUUCGUUUCAUGUGGGGUUGUUUUUGUUUCAUGUUAAAAACUCAUCUGAUAUGAGGGGUUAAUGUUGCCGAUAGACGAAUGGUUUGGCAGUGCUUUACUAUGUCAAAGUGGCUCUGAGGCUCGUUUUAUGAAUGGUUGUAAAAUAUUAGUUUUUUUUUCUGUUUUCAUGUGAUAUGUUUAUUUCUUAGCUUUCUGAGAAGCGGGAUUAGGGAUGCGCCCGCAUCAGAGAAUGGACAUAAGAUUGUCUCACAUCGAGAACAAAGUUGUAGUGUACAGAAAAUAAGUUGACGCUGCCUAGGUUGUGGCAUUUGUUUAUGUUUGGUUUUACCAUGUGCUUUUUUUUUUUUGUUUGUUUUUUUUCUUUUGUUGGUGGGAGUUUCUUGGUAAGUCUCCAGUAGCAGUUGCACUCUCUCUACAACUUCUAUUCUGUGUACAUAUUCUGUUCUUUGACAACUGUACAUAUGUGAAAGUGAAGAGAGAAAAUACCCAAGCAAAAUCUAUAUUUUCUGCAGUCUGAUGUUUUCUUUAAUCGUAGCUUGAAAAAUAAAAGUCUUUGGGAACAUAAA